AUACAAUUGAAAUAUAGACUGUCUAAGCAGUUUGAUCGGAUUUCACCUGAUAUUACUACGAUUACAAACGUUGCUAAGAUGCGUUCAUACCUCAUUUUCUGUUUAACUCUCACCUUAUUCGCUGUGAAUACUUCUAGUGCUGCUAAAGAGGAUGAUGAGUUAACUGAAUCUGUCGAGGAUAUUGCUAAAGCACUUAUCAAUCUCGGCUUAGAUUAUGUGAUCCGAUUAGAUGAAUGGCUUGAUAAAAAUGUUGGCAAGAAAGAAUUGAAAGAGAUUAAACAGAAUUUAAUGAAAUUCAGUCAACUUGCUGUGAAUUUCAUUGAUACAACAUUUGCGAGUAUAUUAACGGACGAUGAUACAGAAAAGGAGGAAAAGAAGACAAAACAUUCAGAAUUAUAAAAUUUUCAUUGUCUGUAUUAAACAAGGAAAUUAAGUCUUGUGUAUAAAGAAUGUAAAUAAAGAAAUUUUCUUGCUUGAAA